UGCUAUGUGAAAUUUACUCGGUUCUAGCGAAGGGUGAUAGUGUCGGAGCCAUCCGGAUGAGAUAAUAUAUAUCCGAGUUCCAACGGCGAACGGCGAAGAAAGAGCGAUUUCUUGCCUCCUGUGUUUUUUCCCGACGCCGAAGAGCCGACCUCUCUUCGCCUUCCUCCUCCACUCGUUGGUAAAUCAGACUGAUGGCAUCAGCAUCUCUUAUUUCCGACACUGAGCCAUGGAAGGACUUGAAGGAACAUGUCAAUGAAAUUAAUAAGACACACUUGCGUGAUCUUCUGAAUGAUGUCGAACGAAGCCAAUCAAUGAUGGUAGAGAAUGAUGGGAUAAUUUUGGACUAUUCACGGCAACGUGCACGCCUUGACACCAUUGAUAAACUUUUUAAACUAGCAGAGGCAGCACAACUGAGGCAAAAAAUUGAUAGGAUGUACAAUGGAGAGCAUAUAAACAGUACUGAGAAUAGGUCUGUUCUGCAUAUUGCUCUACGAGCUCCGAGAGAUAAAAAUUUUUACAGUGAUGGCAAAAGUGUUGUACCAGAUGUUUGGAAUGUUUUGGACAAGAUUAAAGAUUUCUCUGAAAGAGUGCGGAAUGGCUCUUGGGUUGGCGCAACAGGGAAGGCUUUAAAAGAUGUCGUAGCUAUUGGUAUUGGUGGCAGUUUCUUAGGCCCUUUAUUUGUGCAUACCGCUCUGCAGACGGACCCAGAGGCUGCAGAAUGUGCUAAAGGACGACAACUACAAUUUCUUGCUAAUGUUGAUCCAGUUGAUGUGGCUCGAAAUAUCAAAGGAUUGAAUCCUGAAACUACUUUAGUUGUGGUGGUUUCAAAGACUUUUACCACUGCUGAAACUAUGUUGAAUGCUAGAACAAUGAGAGAAUGGAUUUCCUCUGCUCUUGGUCCACAAGCAGUUGCAAAGCAUAUGGUGGCAGUCAGUACAAAUCUUGUGCUUGUGGAGAAGUUUGGCAUUGAUCCUGCAAAUGCCUUUGCAUUUUGGGACUGGGUUGGUGGUCGCUACAGUGUUUGCAGUGCUGUUGGUGUGCUUCCACUUUCUCUUCAGUAUGGUUUUCCAACUGUUGAAAAAUUUUUGAAUGGGGCUUCCAACAUUGACGCACAUUUCCACUCGACUCCCUUUGAAAAAAACUUACCUGUACUUCUAGGCUUGUUGAGUGUAUGGAAUGCUACAUUUCUUGGAUAUCCUGCGAGAGCCAUAUUGCCUUAUUCGCAGUCACUCGAGAAGUUUGCUCCACAUAUUCAGCAGGUUAGCAUGGAGAGUAAUGGAAAAGGUGUAUCAAUUGAUGGUAUUCCUCUUCCCUUUGAGACGGGAGAAAUAGAUUUUGGAGAACCUGGAACUAAUGGUCAGCACAGUUUCUAUCAGCUAAUUCAUCAGGGUCGUGUAAUUCCCUGCGACUUUAUUGGUGCAAUCAGAAGUCAGCAGCCUGUUUACCUGAAAGGUGAAGUAGUGAGUAACCACGAUGAGCUCAUGUCGAACUUUUUUGCACAGCCAGAUGCUCUUGCUUAUGGGAAGACUCCAGAGCAGUUACUUCUUGAAAAUGUAGCUGCCCAUCUUAUUCCUCACAAGACCUUCUCUGGCAAUCGUCCUUCUUUAAGCCUACUAUUACCCUCUUUAAAUGCAUACAAUAUUGGACAGCUAUUAGCAAUCUAUGAGCACAGAAUUGCGGUUGAAGGAUUCAUUUGGGGGAUCAACUCCUUUGACCAGUGGGGUGUGGAGUUAGGCAAGGUACUGGCAAGUCAAGUUAGGAAGCAACUGCAUGUUUCUCGCACAAAAGGAGAGCCUGUUCAGGGGUUCAAUGUCAGCACAACCACAUUGUUGACAAAGUAUCUUGAGGCGGAACCUGGUAUCCCCUUCGACACCACCGUGCUGCCGAAAGUGUAGAGUCGAAUCCAACUGUGUUUCCAACUCAUAUAGCACCAGAGAAAUAAACCUCCUCGACCUCUACUUUUCAGUUGUAACCCAUGGCAUCUACCAGGAUUGCUGUUCGAAUCAUACAUAUCAAUGUUCACAUAUUUGCAUGCCUUUCUCAAGUUAUCAACCAUCUCGGCUUUCUUUUA